AUGUCUCAGCGAGCUUGCGUGAGCGAGUUGCGCGAUGUUCAGGAAUGUCUCAGCGAUAUCGCUGAGAAAUGUCUGAACAUGGCGGUGCGGGUGCGUGCGAGUUCCAAGGUUCGGCAGCGGCACGGGUGUUCGGCAGUGGCACGGGUGCAUGUGUGUCCCCGCCCCGAGUCCCUUCUUCAACACCUUCCUCCCCAUUUUUCUCCCUUACCCCCCCCCACCCGCAUGCAUGCCUCCCAUGCCUGCCUGUUGUCUUCUCUCAGGUUCGGCAGCGGCACGGGUGCAUGUGUCUUCCUUGGUCUCUUCUUUACCUCUUUCUUCUUUUCCACCAUCACUCUCAUCCUUGCUGCUGCCCGCGUGGGCUACGCCUUGUCUCGCGACAGGGGCCUCCCUUUGUCUUUCCUGUGGCGCCGAGUGAGCGCCCACAAGGUGCCAGAGAACGCCAUAGCGUGCACCAGCGCCAUUGGUUACGCCCUGUCUCGUGACCGCGGUCUCCUUCUCUCCUUCCUGUGGCGCCGAGUGAGCGCCCACAAGGUGCCUGUGAACGCCAUCGCGUGCACCAGCGCCACCACCCUGUCCCUCUCCUUCCCUAUUGUCUCAUCCCCCCCCUCAGAGCUACGCCUUGUCUCGCGACCGCGGUCUCCCUCUCGCCUUCCUGUGGCGCCGAGUGAGCGCCCACAAGGGCUACACCUUGUCUCGGGACAGGGGCCUGCCUCUCUCCUUCCUGUGGCGGCGAGUGAGCGCCCACAAGGUGCCGGUGAACGCCAUAGCGUGCACCAGCGCCAUCAACCUAUCCCUCCUCUUCCCUACUGUCUCAUCCACCCCCUCCUCCACGCCCUCUUCACUCCACACCAGGGCUACGCUUUGUCUCGCGACCGCGGCCUGCCUCUCUCUUUCGUGUGGCGGCGAGUGAGUGCCCACAAGGUGCCAGUGAACGCGAUAGCGUGCACCAGCGCCAUCGCCAUCAUGUUCCUCAUGCCGCUGCUCGGAGGCUCCGUGGCCUACUUUGCUGUGACGGGGAUGGCCACGGUGGGGUGGUUUGGCGCGUACGGAGUGCCGGUCUUCUUUCGGAUUAUCCAGUCUGACAGGGACUUUUCUCCGGGGCCCUUCUAUCUUCCCAACUACAUCGGGCACACGGGCGGGUGA